AUGAUCGUGACAAGGACAAAAUACUCGCAGAACUUCCUGGACCUGGUCCCCGGAGCGUGUGAACCUCGACCCCUGGGCCCAGUGGCCCUGAGGAGGCAGCAGGCCCAGGAGGAGGAGCUGGGCAUCAGCCACCCCAUCCCGCUGCCCAGCGCCGCCGAGAUCCUGGUCAAGAGGGAGCAUGGCGGCAGCAACCAGUGCCUGAUAACGGAGAGCGGAGGGGCCCCGCAGCCCCCGGUGCCGGUGCCAGCCAGCCCACCCGCCACUGUGCCCUCAGUUCCCGAGGGACGCAUGGUGAUCCAGGAUCUCCCCGCGGCCACCAGCAGGGGGCACAUGGAGAACGCACCUGAACUGGUGGCGGACCCCACCUACUACAGCAGCUUCUACCAGCCCUCGCUGUUCCCCUACUACAACAACCUGUACAACUACCCGCAGUACUCCAUGGCCCUGGCCGCCGACUCGGCCGCCGCGGACGUGGCCGGGCCCCUGGCCGGCUCCCCCGUGAAGAACAGCCUGCGGAGCCUCCCGGCCCCCUACAUGCCCGGCCAGACGGGGAACCAGUGGCAGCCAAUGAAGAGCGUCGAGAGCCGCCACGCCAUGGGCUCCCAGUACAGGAUGCACUCCUACUACCCGCCCCCGUCCUACCUGGGCCAGAGCGUCUCCCAGAUCUUCACCUUCGAGGACGGCUCCUCCUACACGGAGGCCAAGGCCAGCGGUUCACCAAGGCGGUGUAGUGCGGAUCGGAUUUGGUUUCUCUUUGCGGCCGAGCGGUGCCUCAUGGUGUGGAUGGACCACAUGUUUUGGAGGCAUCUGCCCGCAGGUGGACACAUGGGCAGCAUCCACUGUUGA